ACAUGCCAGGUUAACUGAGAUGAACUCGAUCAGUCCAAUGAGUUUAACCCGACACAUGUCGUCACGCGUCCCGUAAUCCGCUUUGAUUUCAGAGACAACAGCGCGCGUGUACAUCACACUGCGGCAUCCCUUAUGGCGGUAAAUAAGAGUAUCAGCGGAUUACGAGCCGCUUUCCAUAUAUUCAGAAGAAAUCAUCAUCAUCACUCUGUGGGAAUAAUAGGCGCACCUUUCUCUAAAGGACAGAGGAGAGAUGGUGUGCAGAGAGGAGCAGAUCUUAUCCGAGCCGCAGGAUUGGUGCAGAAGCUUAAAGUGCAAGGUUGUAUAGUAAAGGAUUAUGGAAAUCUGACGUUUGAGGACAUUCCCAAUGAUGAGCCUUUUGGAACGGUGAAGAUGCCAAGAUCGGUUGGCCGUGCAAAUGAGCUACUCGCGGGAGCUGUGCACAAAGUCAAGAGUGAUGGCAACACUUGUGUGAUGCUGGGAGGAGAUCACAGCUUAGCGAUCGGUUCGAUCUCGGGUCACGCAGCGUCCAGAAAUGAGCUGAGUGUUUUAUGGGUGGAUGCGCAUGCAGACAUCAACACACCUUUGACCACACCGACUGGAAACAUUCACGGCCAGCCGGUGUCUUACCUUAUUCAUGAACUGCAGUCUAAGAUUCCCAUAAUGCCAAAUUUCUCAUGGGUGAAGCCCUGUAUAGCAGCCAAAGACAUUGUGUACAUUGGACUCCGGGAUGUAGACCCAGAAGAACAUUAUAUCCUGCAGUACCUUGGCAUCAAAACCUUUUCCAUGACAGAUGUUGAUCGGCUUGGAAUAGCGAAAGUUAUGGAGCAGACAUGCGAUCACAUGUUUUCAAAGGUGAAAAAACCCAUCCACCUCAGUUUUGACAUUGAUGCAUUGGACCCUUCAGUAUCACCUGCAACAGGCACACCUGUAGCCGGAGGCCUGACCUAUAGAGAGGGGAUUUAUAUCACCGAACAUAUCUGUCAAACAGGGCUGCUUUCUGCUGUAGAUAUGGUGGAGGUGAACCCACAACAGGGCAGAACAGAGGAUGAGAUUAAAUCAACAGUAACCGCUGCCGUGGAUCUGUUAUUGGGCUGUUUCGGUCGGGUCCGCGGGGGCUCUCAUCCACCAGAUUACAAAAUGCCAAAUCCAUAAAUCAAAAGCUUUGCCUUUGUGAAUGAUGGUAUUAGGUGCUAAAGAAACACUUGGGUAUGGCUUUCUUUCACAGAGCACAAACAAUCUAUUUCUCUUUUCUAUGCAGUACAAUCAGCUUGAGAAAGUGCUCCAUAUAUUGAUUUGAAAGGUUUUUGGCUGAUUUGUUCCUUUAAUGAAGGCUGUAAUAGACGGCAAUCAUAGCCCAGCAUGUGAUUCAGAAACAUAUGUAUCUGUUAUGGAUGUCUAAUGAAGGUGGCAUUCCUAUUGUUUUUAAUUUCUAUAUAAAGCAUCAAUUUGAAAGAUAAAUACAGCAGAAAGCAAAGAGCUGCUUUAAAUAAAUAGUUCCUCUGCUGAUAUGAUUACAUGAAUAGAUACAAAGCUUGUGUGGACUGUUGGGUCAGUAUCGGGUGGCAAUAGUUUAUUACUUUCCAUGUGACCUUAACACUGACCAUUGACUAUGCAGUGUACUCAUGUGGUGUAUUAUUGGGUCAUUGACGUAUUUGGGUAGGUCGUGUUCAACACAGCUGUACCUUUGGAUUUGAAUAUCAGACUGUUUGUUCUGACACAAAUGCCUCGUUGCUAAACAGUCCUGCCAUAGCGAGGAAGGAGUGCAAGUAAAAACAUGACAUAGGGGAUAUAAAAUAGGGGAUAGUUCACCCAAAAACCAAGUUUUGUUGUGUUGUUUGAUCCCCAAUGUCUUUCUUUGUUCUUCAGAACCCAAAUCCAGAUUUAUAAAAAAUAAAUGUUUUUGUGACCACCUCGGUCACCAUCCACUCCUAUAGUUAACCAGAAAACCCUUCAAAAGGACCCAAAAGUGUUAAUUUAACGUCACUUGACUUGUGUCAUAUAUUUGAAUUGUCUUGAAGAUAUUAAAAUAUAUGACUUCCCAGGUGAGUAAAAGUGCUCUAUUUUUACAUGCUAAUUUUGUACUUAAAGCUCCAAUUCGUAACUUUUUUUUUCAGUUAAAAAAAUUAACAAUGAACAAAAAUCAGUUAUUGAAUAUGUAAUUUAAAAAAUCUCCGUACCCCAAUUCACAAUGGCAAGCUUAUAAUAACGAUUUAUAGUUUGAGCUCUCAGAUUUCCAGGGAAAAAGUUUGAAAAACGUCAUUCGUCUUUGCGUGAUAACGUCAUGUCCGUAAACAAAGAAGAGGAGCCGGAAAGUUUUGACCCGUGUCUUUCUUUCAGUGCAGUUUCUGUGUCUGAACAGAGAUUUUGUGCACUAAUUUUGUACUUAAUAUGUAUAAUAAUGUAUUUAGAUACCACUUGUAGUAUAUUUGAAACCAUCUUUGUUUAAAAGAUGGGUUCAGGGGCCUCAUUUAUAAAAUGCUGCGUAGAAACCAUCCUACAUUUGAUCUUACGAUCAUUUCUCAAAAAUGUGUACGUGUGAUUCAUAAAACGAACGUACGCACAGAAAACAUAUGCACGUACCCCUUUCUUUCAGAUCUAUAAAUCGCAAAUGAUCUUGAACUUGUGUGCAGCUGAGCAGUUUCAGAUCUCCGCCUUUAAACGAUGCCUAAUUAAUUGCAUUGGCAUUUAAAAGAGCGUGUCUGUCAAUGUUUAAAUCUUUUUCGAGCAGCAAGAAUGGCUUUAUAUUAAAAAAAAUCGGACAAGCAAAAGUGACGCAAAGCACUUUUCUACGCCAAAAACACUUUUAUAAAUAUGUACCGUGGAUUUUUGCGUACGCACACUUUUACGAUCAAAUCUGUGCGAACGCCCACACGCUUUAUAAAUGAGGCCCCUGGUUUACUACAAAUGUUAAAUUUUAAAUACAGA